AUGAUAGGAAGAGCCGACAUCGAAGGAUCAAAAAGCAACGUCGCUAUGAACGCUCGGCUGCCACAAACCAGUUAUCCCUGUGGAUCGACUGACUCGCGCGCAACUACUGUUCACGCGAAACCCUUCUCCACAUCAGUCCUCCAGGGCCUCACUGGAGUAUUUGCUACUACCACCAAGAUCUGCACCGACGGAGGCUCCAGGCAGGCUUACGCCCAGACCCUUCUGCGCACUCCGUCGCGCACGUCCUACUCGUUACGGCCUAAUAACGUCAGUUUGAGCGUCGCAUAUGCGCGUAACGGUAGUGUAUCGGCAAAACGCUAUAGCGCCAUCCAUUUUCAGAGCAAAACACCUAUUUCAGGGGAGCCGUUACUCACUCCUUAG